GUUUGCGUAUCACCGAUGAGAUAAUCUGAUAGAGGGAAAGGAAGUUGCUCGCAUCCGAAUGCAUAGACAGGCUCUCUCUUCGGUCUGCAGGUGCAGUGCUCUCAAGUGUUAUGUAGGCGCAAUCGCGUACCUAUGCUGGACCUCGCCGAAACAGCGCAGUUCUCCUUCCAGACAGGUCCGGAGAGGAUUCGAAAGUACGCCAGGCUAUUCGGCGUAGUUACCAACGUCAUCAUUUGCUUCGUACACUUUCAGGCCGCCGUGAUAUACAUCUUAUACGUGGCCACGUCAUUCCAACAGGUGAUUGAAUUUUUCUCAAACUUCGAGAUGAAUCCACGAGUUUACAUCGUCAUUUUUUUCCCGUUCACCUGUGCUCUGGGUUUCGUGCCGAACCUGAAAUAUUUAGCGCCGUUCUCCAUUAUUGGCACUCUCUUCUUGAGCCUCGGUAUCUGCAUCGCAUUCUAUUAUUUUUUCGACGAUGUUCCGGAUCCUCGUAGAUUAAACGUUUUGACGGAAAUUCUUCCUGUGCCCAUGUAUUGCACUAUUUUUCUAUUCGCUUUACAUAAUAUGACCCUUUAUCUGCCAUUGGAAAAUACGAUGAAACAUCCCGAUCAUAUGCCACACCUAAUUGUUGGCAGCACAUUGCUAAACACCGUUAUAUACCUGAUUUUUGGUUUUUCCGGUUACAACAAGUAUCCGAAUGCCUGCGACACCGUCAUCAAGAACUUGCCAAUGGAAGAAACCCUGGCACAGGUAGUCAAGAUAGCCAUUUCUUUAUCGGUGCUGUUUACUUUGGGGUUGGCAUACUACGUUCCAAUCAGCGUGCUGUGGCCGAUGAUUCGCUCGAGAAUCGUCACGAAGAGUUCGCUAUAUCAUCGGUUGUACGAAACCUCGCUCCGGUUAAGCGGCAUAAUCGGAACCACACUGCUGGCCAUCGCCGUGCCCCAAAUGGUACCUUUAUUGGGCCUGUUGUCCGCCUUGGGCAUAUCGACGAUCAUGCUGCUGAUACCCAUACUAAUCGAAAUGUCGACUAAGUGGGCGGAAGCCACGAGGCCGAUGUUCGCGAAGAACAUUGUUAUUUUCAUCGUGUGGCUGCUAAUCUUGAUUUUCGGAACGAUAGAAAGCACACGGUCAAUUAUUAGAGAAUAUAGUGGGAUAAAACAAGAAGAAUGCUGAUCGAUAGCCUGUGACUUAACAGACUUUUAUUAAUAUAAAGCUAUAAAGAUGCUGCUGUAUUACACGAAAAAGCUUGAAAAUACUUGAAUAUUGAGAAUGCAAAGAAUCACGUAACAAGCCAUGAAAGAAGUUUUUAACGCAGCAAAGCAAAAGGAUGAAGCAAAUAAAGUAUAUCGGAGAUUAUUUAUUCCUUCUUUCGACUAAGACUUGUCUGUGGAAUGUUUCGCGCGAAAAAAAAUAUAUGUUUUACUCAAUUUGCUUUCAUGACACGAGCGUAUUGGUCAAUUUACGACUUGGUUUCCUCGAUUCUAAGUACGUGAAAUAUGAUUACAUAAUUGAUAUGGAUAUCGACGAUCUUUUAUUCUCGUAAAAACUAAAACUUGUGACAUUUACAUUCCGGCCGGACACCUUCAAUUUACGCUUAAGCCAGUGUUUACGUAAAGCACGUGACAAGACGGUUUUAUGUCGUUUGCAAUGUGAAAACAAGAGCGGCAGCUUACAAUGAGAAACUGCAUUGCAAUGUAGCAAUCAAAGAUCGAAAGGAGGUGGUAGGGCGUCAGAGACCUUCUUGCAAGGAGACGAAAGAGAGAUAGCGAAAGAGCUCGUGCUAUGAAUGAAAGAAGAUGAGGAUAAGGUGAAAGGGAACAUGUACGAGAUUCAGAGGCGCGAAUCGAGUUGAUCGCAGUCGAAUAACCGACGUUCCUACGAAAGGGGAAUUUCCCGUGUGCGAAUAAGUGAUUUAGUAUUCUUCAGGAUUUGACGAAAGUGUCGACGAUUCUCAGAUUCGAGCAGCUCGUCGUUUUUAUCGUUCAUUUUAAAAUGUCAUUAAUUAAUUAAGUAAUUAAGUAAUUAUCAAUUAAUUACGCGGGUGCUAAUGCUUGAAGGAGAAUAAAAGCACAAUGAAAAGCGGAUACAAUUCCAUGAGAUUUAGGUGAAGGAUAAAGAACAUAAAAGUAGAAAACGACGUUAUUGUAUGGUCGAGUACAUUUCGAGAAUAUAAUUUCGGUGAAUUCGGAUCUCGAUUGUUUCAUUCCAAGAAAUGAUUAUUCAUCGCGUUACAAAAAUUCAGAUAUAAAUUUUUAAAAGAGUUCGAAUGUUACU